AUGUUCUCGGAAUAUGCGUCCAGGUUUCUGGCGCAAUCACAGUCCCGACUGUCCAACUUUGCGGGCCAAGAUCAAGGCAAUGAGAACCCACCACGACAACCGAACGACUGGUCAUCGCGAGGCCCUCCUCGAAAUGGCGGGCGCUCCUUCCUAGGUAGAGGCUACGGAGGAAACCCCUACCAGACGGGCGGUUCGCGUUAUGGUCAAAUGGGCUUUGCCUCCCGCAUGUCCGCCGCCCAGGAUGCACCGCUAUUCCACAGCACGCUCGAUGAGUACAUGGAGGAGGACGAAGAAGACGAGAGGGAUCGCGAGGCUGCGGAUAUGGCCGCCCUCCACAUGUCUCGGCGCGUGGCCGCCGCGAGCAAGAUGGCAGAGAGCUCCGAGACGGAACCAGACGCUAGCCGCGGCUCGUUGGAACAGAGCAGCGAAACACCGGGCCGAAGAUACCAGGAUCGCGGGUUGCGGAGAGGUAUUCGCAGCAGUUGGAACGGUACGAGGAGCUUCAGUGGACGGAAUCGUGGGAGGGAUGUCAUAGACGAAGAGUCGGAGGAUGUCCCGCGAGAAACUUCCGACCGGGAGUCAGAUACGAAUCCUAAAAUGGUCGACAUUGGGCUAGAUUCCCAGAUCAUGGACGACGACGACCCAUCUGCGUCGCUGCUGAACGAGGCGGCCACGGACUCGAGCCCGCCCGCCUUCCAGAAGUUUCAAUCCAAGUCCGGAGACCGCAAGUUCCCACUGAGGAGGGAAGCUACUCGAGAAGAUGACUUUGACGAGGCCCGCCGGGCCAGCUCCGACGAUGAGGCCCUGCCUGCCACUGUCCCCCUGAUCGAAGGAGAACUCUUCAAGUAUGACCCGUUCUUUGCCUGGAUCUUCCUUAUUGCGCUUGCCGGUCUGGUGUCUACAUUUGUGCUUGUCUGGCUACACACAGGCACGCCCAAGAAGGGAUGGGGUGACACCGUCUAUACAACAUUACAAGCAUCCUUUCACAUGCUCGCUGUGGAUACUCUCAUUUCGAUCCUGGUAUCCUUUGUGUGGCUCGCGGCGCUUCGAUCCUUUGCCAGGCCGGUGGCAAUGGUGAUUCUUGUUGCAGUACCCAUCAUCAUGUUUUCAUUCACACUAUACCCCUUUAUUUCUAGCUAUGAAGGCAGAUCACAUGGGGCCAGCUUCCAAGAUCGAGCGAUGCGAUGGGCUGCUCUUGUCCCUGGCAUCGCAGCCUGUGUCUGGGUGUACAUGGCUUGGCAGGGCCGCAACGCCAUCCGUCAGGCGAUUGAGAUAUUGGAGUUCUCCACGAGAAUUCUUGCAGCAAACACGGCACUCCUCAUCUUGGGUUUCAGCUGUCUCGCAAUCAUAGUGUCGUGGACCUGGGUCUGGAUGUGGAUGUUCUCGAGAAUCUUCUUGGGAGGAUACUUCUCCAGAAGACUUGCCAGGUUCAUCAUCAGCGUGUCCAGCUGGUGGCUGGGUAUCUGGUUCGUGCUGAUGUACAUGUGGACGAUUGGAGUCAUCAAUGCGGUGCAACGGGCGACUACAGCAGCGACAGUAUCCCAAUGGUAUUUCCACCGCAACGCGGCGCCGGCCCCAACGUCGGCGGAGAUUGUCACGGCCGCGCUCAACCACGCGACGACGACCAUAUUUGGCAGCAUCUGCGAGUCGACGUUGAUUGCGCUGCUUAUCCGGGCGCCGCUGCUCGUGCUGCCACGCAGGAUGGCUAAUAUCCUGCAGCACAUUGCUGCCAUGUGGAUUCCGACGCCCAUCGCAGCGCUCACGAACCCUCUCACCAUAACCUACGGAGCGAUUCACUCCCAGAAUCUCCACACGGCGGCUCGCGGCCUCAGCCAGAUGGACUUCUUGUCCCCACAACGCCCUACGACAACCCUGACACCGCAUGUGUUCAGCACACGGCGAUCCAGUCACUCCCCUUUACUUCCUUAUCGGCUCGCAAAGAUGCUUCUAUAUGCGACACGGUUCAUCAUGGCAACGGGACUCGGUUUUGCAGGAUGGGUCAUGACGGCGAAGCAGCUCUCUAUCGCUCUGCCGGACGGAAUGGGGGUACGGGGCUCGGCGUACGCAUACGUGGUUGGCAUAGUAGCCAGUUUUAUUGGAUUUUCGGUCAUGGGCGCCAUGGAAGGUAUUCUCAGUGGCAUUCUGGAUGCGGUCGUCAUCUGCUACGGCAGCGAGCGGCGGAUGGCCAGCGGAGGUGGCGCCUACUGCAUGGAGGCGGCCUACCUCUUUGGAGAGAGGAGACGGGACGAGAGAGGCCUGCCAUGA